AUGGAACGGUACCUAAAAGAUGAGCCAAAGCUUCAGUCGUACAAAAAACUACCGACGGAAUUAGAUUCGUGGAAUAUAAUAGGUCCACCGGGCGUUAUGGCAACGAGUUGGGAAGUAACAAAAGUCGAAGUCGUGGAUCCAUUGUUACAAUUGGACGAAUUACGUUUGAAAGAUAAAAAUGUAGAUAAUGUUGUUAGUAGUAGUGGUAUGGGUUCGGGAAGCAGCGGGUGUAGUCGUAUUUCGUGGGACACUUCCCUUAGUUGUGCCGUAGUCGUUAAACAAGAGCCGACGGAUCGCGACGAAGAUGAAGAAUACGAGGAUCUUUUCGAAACGACACACAUAAAUGUUAAAACCGAACCCGGGGAAGGACAGACGAUGUUGACUCCUCCGUCCAGCCCUGAAAGUGGUCAGCACAGCAGUAGCAGUAGCAGUAGUCAAGAUUUAAAUCUCAUAACUCGUCGCGCUUUUCUUCAGCUUACAAAUUCUCCGUGCGCACGAUCAUUCGCCGGAUUCAAAAAGGCGGAUACACAAAUGCCAGUUCCUGGGAUGCAAAAAAGUUUAUACAAAAAGUUCUCACCUAAAGGCUCAUCAAAGAACUCACACAGGUAA